AAUACUUAAAUUUCUGAAAAAAGCAGAUGCAAAAUAUGAAAGGUUCAUAUAUAAUAUACUGAAUGAUAAUAUACCUCAAAAUGCUAAAGAUAGUUUAGUUAUAUCAAAUGCUUCAUUAACAACUCUAUUAUUGGUAUUAAGUGGGGUUGCCCCAGCCACUGUAAUAUCCUCAUAUAUUAGUUUAUUACUUGUUCUCUUACCCAUUUUAUUAAUGUACAUUCUUCACCGAUACAAGAAAUGUAAACCUUUGAAUAAAAUAUAUGGAUCAAGUGGAUCUCCAUGA